GGUCACCUGGGUCAGUGGUGCUGUGUGGGGACAGUUCCAGUCUCUUACUUCAGCAGCUGGGAAGUGGGCUCCAGAAGGAAUAUUACAUUUCUUUUGGUAACUCUGCCAAGAAAGAGAGGAAAUUCAUAAUUUGAGCAAAAUACUUUUAGCUUUUUUUUGUAGAGUGGGGAGAGGUAGGAAGGGGGAAAUGAAAAAUCCUUUAUAAUGGGUUGCUUGGGAUGAUUUUUGUCCUGGAGCUCCCUCUCAGGCUGUAAGAAAUGUUCACCUUCUCUUUCUUAGUAUAACUAAGUCUUUGAAAAGGGAGCCUCCAUCAGGAGUGCAUGCAAUUGGAAACAUGCAUUGGCUCAGGUCAUGUAUUGCACUGUGAUUUGGGAUCCUGAUAGAGUGCUUUUUGGUGGUAAUUAGAUAAUAACAAAGACAGCAUUGUAUGUCCUGAGUAAUGUAACUUUAUCAAAUAUUGAUAAUUGUGAUGCCCUAGCAGAGGUCUAAGAUGAUGCACUGUAAAGGGCUUUAAGAACAUUUUGCUUGAAUUUGUGUUUCAUAAUCAGUCUUCACUCAUUCCUUCAUCCUGUGUUUCCUAUCAUCCUUCUAGGAUGCUGGACUGUACCUCAGCUGCUUUCUGAUGAAGGUCUGUGUAGGUACUAUUAAAAGUAGCAGUCCUUCCUCAGUGAGUCAGCCUUCAGCAGUCUUGAAGUUCACUGUUGGGUGCCUUCUCUGGGAACACAAAAGCCAAGAUCUUGAUUUCACAGAGUAGUUAAGCAUGUGCUGAAUUUUAAACCUGUGCCUUAGUAUUUUUCUGGAUUGUAUACUAAGAAAGAUCAAGGUAUUCAUUGGCCAGUAGAUAGUGUUCCCUCCAUAGCAUUUUAUGCAGCAUUUGACUUCAUAUGGAGGUUUAGUCUCCUGAAUCUUUGGAUGUUCAACACAGCUGCUGAAGUAAGAGGUACCUAGUUAAGUCAACCACUUGGUGCAAGUGUGUGAUGUCUGUUGAUUGCCUUAGUCAUCAUGGAAAAAUUGUUAAAAGUUUGCAAGUGUAGAAAGUGUGUUGAUCGUGAUUGAAACAAAGUAGGCUCUUGUAGGGGAGAAAAGGAAUUUUUUAUCAAAUUGUUAAGCUUAUAUGGUGAUGAUGUUUUUAACUUUGUGAGAUAUGGGAAUUGUUCUCAGGCAUUGCAGUGAUACUCAUCACAUUUUUUGAUGCAUUCUGGGAAUUGCUCUGGAGGGAUGCUAUUGAGAAAGCAAAUCAAGUGAUCAAAUUGUAUCUCAGCAGUUGAUUCCAUAGCUGGGCUUGAUUUAACUUCUGGUGUGAGGGAUCAAAUGUCUCUGACCAACACUGCACUUCAGCAUUUGCUGCGCCAUAAUUGCCAAAAGGGAGGGAUGUAUCAGUCCAAUUUCUUCAUCAUCUUUUUCCAUAUCAUCUGUCCCUUUUCUUGCAUCUAUUUUGAAUAAAUAAAAUGUCUGGGAUGUAAAAGCAGGAUACUUUUAAGACAUGUUUAAAUUAGCUGGAUCCAGAGUUGCUAUAUGGAGGAGGAAGGCUGGACGAAUAUAUAUCUAUUAAGAAUAAAACAAAAAAACCCAAAACACCACCAUGACCACCCCCUCCCAAAUCCCAUCAGACCUCCCCCAUAUAGUCUCCCCACCCAACCCUCAUCCCCUCCAGACAGAAACUGUUGAUAUGUGGGAAAGAACGAGGUGUCUGUUUCAAAAGUAACUGCAAUAGUGAACUGGGGCUCUGGGCUGAGCCAACACGUGACUCUUCAGAACUUCCAUAUUCAGCAGUAGGAGGGUCAAGGCCUGCUAGAAAAGGGACCAGCAGGUCCCUUUGGAGGAGGGAGCAGCCAAGAUGGAAGCUGCUUUUUUGACCUUGGAGUCACCUUCUUCAGAGCCUUGGAAAUUACAUCUAGUCUUAGUAGGGUUUAUGCAUUGAGCUCAGAAUGUCUGGUUGGGCCAGCACGUGUUGGGAGGGGGAUGUGGCACGAGUGUGUUUUCCAUCACUGUGCAUGCUGGUGACUUGAAAUCUGUAUGUGGGGAAAGCUUAACUGAGGGCUGAGUGUAGGGAGGAGAAGUGUUUUGGAGUAAGGAAUGGAAUUGCAUGUAGGCGGAGAGCCUGGACUCUGUCUGGGAGAGUAAUAAGCAGUGAUGAGAGUGGGUCUGACCUGACUUUUUGGUACUGUGCAUUCCUCAUCUCAGACACUAUCUGGCCUCAUGAGCUCUUGCAAGUGCUCCCUUUAAAAGAGGAAUUCCUCUUCUUUCAGCCUAGUAUAACUAUUUUGGUUUUGUUUGUUUGUUUUUAAAUGGCUAUGAAAAAUAAAGAGCCUGUAGCUUUCUAAAUUCAAUUUUAAUUGGUGUGGCUCUACUGAUCAUAAACGUAAAGUUGCAAAGCUUUCUAGAGGAUGAAAAGCUUUUCUGUGUGUGGUUUCUGUUUUUGUUUAAAAUGGGUCACAUGCCCAGGAAUGCAGUCAAAUUAUAAUGGUGACUAAGUGCCGGAAAGCAUAGAAAAGAGGAGGGAAGGGUGAGCAGAAAAAAAGGAGCCUGAGGCUAUGGAAGGAAGGCUGGGAAAAUAAGAAUCUGGCCAGACCCCAGGGCCAGGUUAGAGAUUCCUACACCCAUUAACGCAGGAGAUGUUUAUUUACAGGGAGCUAAUCUUUGUUUUAAAAAUGACAGAGUAACCAAAAAUGCUACUUUUGGGAAGUGGAUUGGAGGGGCUGUAGAGAUGGGAGGAAGAAACUGAUUCUGAUGAGGCACCAGUUCCCAUCUCUCAAGGAUCUUCCCUUCUCCCUAUGAAUCUCGCUGUGUUGGCUGUUGAGAAACAGAUGAAUGUGGGAUAAACUCUUGUAGUCUAGUAAGUGUAACCCCUAGUUACAAAGGAUAAUUUCUAGAGUUCCUUCUUGUUUGUAGUGUUCUGAUCUUUUCUAUUUAAACAGCUCCAGUAAGGGUUUUGAAUAAUUAAAUUUAUGAUAGGAGAAAGAUGGGAGCUAAAGUUGCCAUUUCCCAUGUCUUUAAUCAACUCUGGAUCAUGAAAACAAAACAGGUGUUGAACAGCUGCUUGAGCUGGGUAUAUUAAUGUAGACUCUAAGGAGACCUUGGUCCCAGGUCUCUGUGGUACCUACUUUUUGUCACAUCUUGAAGAGUAUUGAUCUUGGUUUGUCUCAGCUCAUUCCAAUAACUUUGAUUUGUAGCCCAGCAAUAGUUUCUCUUUUAGUAGCUUUGUCUGACUGUAAAGAGAGAAUUUUCCAGCGAUAUGCUGGAAUUCUCUAUCCUUUGGUGAGCUGCUGCAAAGGAUAGAUUUCUUAGGGUGUGUGUACAUUGGAUUGUUGAUACACAUGAAUGUAUUUUGUCUUUUGCUUGGACUCAUCUUUAUUUCUGAUUAUUGUAUGUGGUUAUGGGAUUGUCAGACAGGUGAGACUCUGGAACAGUUUCUUUACUAGUCCUUCUGGAUAGACACUCUUUGGCUUCUUGUUUCAGUGUUCUCCUGACUGGUGUUUCUUCCAUCUGGUGUUGUCCUUGUCUUAAAUGGCUCUUGUCAAUCUCUAUUAAAAGGGUGAUAUCCCAAAUCUCUGGUUCUUCUGGAGAUUUCUUCGUAUCAUCUCGUUUGGAUUAUAUUUUGUCUGAACCUGUGCUGCAUUCAGUAUACUUGGUCAAGUCUUGAUCAUAUUUCAGGUUUGUGAUCAUCAGAGGUGGCUUUCUUUGCUGGUAAUACCUCACUGUUGUCAGUGUUCCUUUCUUGUCAACUCUCACAAAUGUCCUCACUGUAGUGUGGCAAUGCACCAUCAGUGUGUGUCAGUUCACCAUUGUGGAACCAGGGUGACAGCUUACCUGUGGCCAUCUUGAAUGCAUUUGUUAUCCAAAAGGCAUCAGUCCUGGUUGCUAAUCUUGUCUCUCCUCCUCUAUCUGCAGAGCUCCUGGCAUUCCAGUGAAGGAAAGGGUGAAGGUAUCUCAGAACUGGAGGCACGGACGCUGCCGGAGGGAGACAGUCCUGAAAUGGAAAUGCAAUUUGAUGCCCUGGAUGGAGCUGGAUGGCGAAUAUCUCUACCUGUCUCAAGCAGAGAACAUCCAGGCCUACCAGCUCUGUGCAGAGGGGACGGGUUUGCAGCGUCACCCUCAGGCCAUCUUCUCUGGCCACCAGGAGGAUGUGUGUCGCUUUGUUCUUGUCAACUCCCACAUUGUCAGUGGAGGGGGGGAUGGAAGUAUUGUCCUUCACAAGCUUCAUGGCUCCUACAGCGUCAAGUUCUCUGCACAUGAGCAGGAGGUGAACUGUGUGGACUUCCAAGGCGGCCUCAUUGUCAGCGGCUCCCGGGACCGAACGGCGAAGGUUUGGUCCCUGUCCGCGGGCAGAGUUGGUCAGUGUCUACAUACAGUGCACACAGAGGAUCGAGUGUGGUCCAUUGCUAUCAGCCCAUUAUUAAGCUCAUUUGUGACAGGGACAGCCUGCUGUGGACACAUCUCACCUCUGAGAAUCUGGGACCUUGAGAGUGGUCAGCUGUUGACCUGUUUAGGGACCGACUUCCACCGUGGAGCUGGAGUCCUGGAUGUGUUCUAUGAAACGCCCUCCCUUCUCCUUUCCUGUGGGUAUGACACCUACAUCCGCUACUGGGACAUACGGACCAGCACCAGGAAGUGUGUCCAGGAGUGGGAAGAGCCCCAUGACAGUGCCCUGUACUGCAUAAGGAGUGAUAAGAACCAUAUGAUUGCCAGCGGCUCUUCCUACUACGGUGUGGUGCGCCUCUGGGAUAAGCGGCAGACUCGGUGCCUGCAGAGCUUUCACCUGUCUUCACCCACCAGCAGCCCAGUGUACUGCCUCCGUUUCAGUACCACCCACCUGUACGCUGCCCUGGCGUCAGCCCUGCACGUCCUGGACUUCACGGCCUUGUGAAGAGCACCACAGCUGCUUCUGGUGACCCCAACUCAGCAGAGCUGACACUUGGCUCAGGGAAUUGCAGGGCAGGAGAGGUGAGAAAGGCCCACAAGGCUUCUGAAGGGACGUUUUUGCCUGCCAGAAAGCUACAAUGAAGAGUGCACAAAGGGCCAAACUUUCUCAACCAUACCUGCCUGUUAGUGAAAAUAAUAGGCCAAUUGUCUUUACCCUUUUUAUUUUGUGCAAGUCAGGAAUUGUUUUAUUAACUGUGUUACUUUUUUUCUUUUUCUUUUUCCUUCCUUUUUUUCUUGUGGAUACAUCAUUUGAGGGGCAGGUUGAGCCAGGAUGCCCCAUCAGCUUUGUGCUGGUCAGUUUGAGAUCAGCCAAGCUCUAAGCAUGUGAAACAAGACUAGGCUGUGUGUGGGGUGAACUGAUUUGGUGGAAGGGAAGGGUGCCUGGAGCGAGGCCCACCUUUCUCCUUAACUUGCUGUUCUGACAGCUGCUUGUGUUGUCCUUCACAGCCAAGAGCAACAAUUGAGCUAAAAGGCAGAGCCAGCCCUGCUUUCAGUGUGCCUCCCCAAGCUGGCCGUCAGGUCAGGCUGUGCACUUGGCAGGGCUGAAAUGGUCGCGUUUUGCUAAAUAAAACUGAAAGGAAACAAAAGAGA